AUGUUCAAGGGACUGAAAUCGAAACUGGAGGAUGAAGCGAAGAAACUACAGGCGACUGUAUCACAAUAUGGCGAAAAUAUCGCGCAACAAGUACGAUCUGGCGUGAGCGAUACUGGCAGUGAUGCAAGUGGGCAUGCACGACGUUUUUUUGGUAUUACGGGUUCCAACCCCACGCAGCAACAGUCCCCUUCGCCAUCUCCAAAUCUUCUUGGCGACGAAGAAGUAAGAAAAGCAUUUAAAUAUGGUAGUUGUCUAAUUUUAACAACUUUUUUUUACAAAUUGCUACAAAUUUCAUUAUUUAUUCGCAUUUUAGAAUAG